AUGGAGUCCUCACCACCCGCUUCGCUGUAUCCAGCUAUGGCGCUCCUGCAUUACAUGCAUGCGCCCACUGUUGGGUUCUUCUUCCUGGGAGCAACAGCAUUCAGCCUGUGCAUAUUACAGAAACCCGUUCCGAUCUCAUAUCGAAGGAGGAGAGGCGUCUUUGCCAUCACGACACUCAUUUUGAUUACAUACGUGACGGAAGUGCUAUACUACUUCAGCCGAUCACUUGCAGAUGCACAGUAUACGCCUCCAGAGCCUGCAGCGAUCCGGUGUUUAGGCUCCAUCCUGGUCUGGGGGCCCCUAUCUUACGCCAUAUGGACAUCAACACUGCUGAGAUGGCACCCUUACUUCGGCGCAUUCGUUCUUCAAUUCGCAUUCGAGACGACAACAUGCCUCAUGAGCGCUGCUUCUAUACCCAGCAACGACCGAUCAACCAAUGCACCCUUCGCUCUCGGCUGCAUCAGAGCUAGCAUCUCAUUAGUCCUUUUAAUCGACAGUUUCGCCAUCACAGUCACGAAGCACGCAGAAAAGAGCACCGAUGAAGAGAACCAGUCACUCCUGCCAAAACCAGCGAAUGGUGCUGCAGCUCAGAACGGCGACGCAGGAUACGGGAGUAUCGAGCAGAAUGCAUCUGAAGAUGAGGAAGAGACUCCAACAGAUAAAGACAAGGAGCUGAAAGAGCAGCAAGCGAAGCGCCUGGAGGAAGAAGGCGGCUGGUACGGCUACCUCAAGUCAUUUGCUAUCUUCUUGCCAUAUGUGUUUCCACGCGACGACUGGAUGGUCAUGGGAGCACUGGGAGUCCGCCUUGUUCACAUGCUUGCUGAGCGCGCCCUCAAUCUUUUGACGCCUAGACAGCUUGGUAUCAUCACCAACGAACUGAGUCGUAACACGGGCGUAAUGCCUUGGAAAGAUGUUGGACUAUGGGUUUUCUUCCAGUGGAUCAGCAGCUACGCGGGACUCGGCUUCAUUGACGGUAUUGCCAGCAUGGUCAUCUCGAACUCAGCUUAUCGACGGAUUACUUUGUUGGCAUACGAGCAUGUUCUGAGUCUUUCUAUGGACUUCCACACGUCGAAAGACUCGGGCGAGGUAUUGAAGGCAGUCGAGCAAGCCUCGUCUCUAAAUUCGCUAGUUGAGAUGGUUCUGUUUGAUAUUUCGCCCAUUCUUCUGGAUCUGGUUGUCGCCAUGUGGUACGUCACGCAUCUCUUCGAUGCUUACAUGGCCUUCAUCAUUCUUUUCAUGGGCUUCGCAUACACCUGUAUCGGAUGGUACUUCACAACACUGUCACAGCCAAAGAGACGCGAUUACGUCGAGAAACAGCGCACUGAAAGCUCGACCGUGAACGAAACGGUGCACAACUGGCAGACAGUCGCAUACUUCAACCGCUUGAACUACGAGCAUGCACGCUACGCAGCCAACAUCAUGAACACAAUCAAAGCCCAAUACGCAUACUACUUCCGAUCCAUGGGCGGCCACGCUGCGCAGGAUAUGCUUACGACUUUCGGCUUUGCAGCCUGCUGUGUCUUUGGCAUGACGCAGAUCGUCGCUGGCCGCAAGCAAGUCGGCGAUCUCGUCACUCUGAUCAUGUACUGGCAUACGAUGACAAGCCCUCUGUAUGUCUUGUCGUAUAGCUACAGGCAUAUCUCCAGUUCUCUGAUCGACGCAGAGCGGUUGCUCCAGAUGCUCAAGACCAAUCCCUCUGUGGCUGACAAAGAGGGCGCCAGGGAUCUGACCGUUGACAAUGGAGUGGUGGAGUUUACUGGCGUUGAGUUUGCGUACGACGAGCGCAAGCCCAUCAUCCGAGGUGUCGAUCUGCGAGCCGAGGGUGGGCAAACGAUUGCUUUUGUCGGCGAGACAGGCGGUGGCAAGUCAACUAUGCUCAAGCUACUCUUCCGCUUCUACGACGUCACUGGGGGGUCCAUCAUGAUCGAUGGCCAAGACCUUCGCUCAGUCACCCAGUCCAGUCUCCGUGAUGCGCUCGGCCUUGUUCCUCAAGACCCAGUUCUCUUCAACCAGACCAUUCGCCAGAAUGUGCGCUACGCUCGUCUCGAUGCCACAGACACUGAGAUUGAAGAUGCAUGCCGUGCGGCAGCUAUUCACGAUGACAUCGUCGGCUUCCCAGAUGGUUACAACUCGAAAGUCGGCGAGCGCGGAGUAAGGCUCAGCGGCGGUCAGCUCCAAAGAAUAGCCAUCGCACGUGUGUUGCUCAAGAACCCCAAAAUCGUACUCCUCGACGAGGCCACGUCAGCAAUCGACUCUGGUAUCGAGGCUCUCAUCCAAGAAGCCUUCCGCAAGCUUAGCAAAGGACGUACUACAUUCGUCAUUGCCCAUCGUCUCAGUACCAUUGUUGAUGCGGACCAGAUUCUUGUCAUUGAAAAGGGUGCGAUUUUGGAGAGAGGGACGCACCAGGAGCUGCUCGAGAAGAGCGGCAAGUACAACGAGUUAUGGACCAAGCAGACUGCAGGACACUUGUCGAAUGUGGGCAGUAAAGUGCCGUCCAAAGCGAAUUCGACGAGUGGCGAGGUUGAUGCAAGUACGCCGUUGAUUGAUAUAACGCCUGCCGUGGAGGACGAGGCGACCGCGACUGGCAGGAGUGACGGCGAAAGCCAGGACAAGGUGGAGAGGCGGAAGUGA